GUUUAUGGCUUGUGCCUUUCUUUAUUAACCCAGCAUGGGUUUUUUUCUUUACAGUUGCACAACCGCAGGCAGGCAGAUACCAAAGGGGCACUUGAUAUAACUUGCUUAUGGAAGAAUGAACAAAGAUUUCAAAUGAGGAGAACAAUUAGCCAUUGGAACCACGGACGUGUCCAGUGAGCUGAGGUCACUGAGCUGACACAAGACGGAUGACCGAGCGCUGUGAUCACUAGAGGCUUGUAAAAAUGCAAGGAAAUAAGCGCAGCUACCCAAAUUCUUCUCAAGAAUGCACCACAGUGAGGGCAAAAAAAAUGCAGAAGAGAUUUCUCCACAAGGAUGGCAGCUGCAAUGUGUAUUUCAAACACAUCUUCGGAGAAUGGGAGAGCUACGUGGCUGAUAUUUUCACCACAUUAGUGGACAUCAAAUGGCGCCACAUGUUUGUGAUAUUCUCUUUAUCUUACAUUCUUUCUUGGCUGUUCUUCGGCUUGGUCUUUUGGCUUAUAGCAAUCCAACAUGGAGAUUUAGUACAUGAUGAAGAAAUAACCCCUUGUGUUGCUAAAGUGCAUAGCUUCACAGGAGCAUUCUUAUUCUCACUUGAAACCCAGACGACCAUAGGCUACGGCUUUCGUUGUGUCACUGAAGAGUGCUCUGUAGCGAUCCUCAUGGUGGUUCUACAGUCGGUAUUAAGCUGUAUAAUUGACACAUUCAUUAUUGGAGCUGCCUUGGCUAAAAUGGCCACCGCUCGAAAGAGAGCUCAGACCAUCCGCUUCAGCUACUAUGCCACCGUAGGCCUAAGAGAUGAUAAACUUUGCCUCAUGUGGCGCAUUGGUGAUUUCCGGCCAAACCACAUGGUUGAAGGCACAGUAAGAGCUCAGCUUCUGCGCUACAUGGAAGAUAAGGAAGGGAGAAUGACAAUGGAAUACAAGGACUUGAAGUUACUAAAUGACCAGGUCAUACUUGUUACACCAGUGACCAUCGUACAUGAAAUUGACCAUGACAGCCCUUUAUACGGUCUAGAUCGGAAAGCUUUGGCCAAAGACAGUUUUGAAAUCUUGGUUACAUUUGUCUACACUGGAGAUUCAACUGGAACUUCACACCAGUCGAGAAGUUCAUACGUCCCCCGAGAAAUCCUUUGGGGACACAGGUUCAACAAUGUCUUGCAGGUGAGGAAAAAAUACUACAACGUGGAUUGCCUACAGUUUGAGGAAACCACAGAGGUUUACGCUCCCUAUUGCAGCGCAAAGCAACUGGAUAGGAAGGAACAUGAAUGGAACAGAACUAAGAAAACAUUGGACAGAGGAACAAGUACAUCAACACUGGAGGUCAGAGAUACAUCAUUUAAGGCAGUUGCCCUCAUCAGCAGUUCUGAGGAUCCAGAAGAUCUAAUGAAAGCCGUCAACCAAGAUUCUAGAGAACUGCCUUAUCAGAAAGAUCCACUGACCUUAAACAGAAUCUCCAAGAUGUAGCUAUUCAUUGCAAUUAAAAUUACUGCCCUAGCUGUUCCCUAAGCAGCCUGCAAAAUAUAAGCAGUGUUAAAACUCCAUACACACAAGUAUUUACAUAAUAAAUCUAAUUCUAAGUGUAUACUCAUCCAAUCAGAGAAUGAAAACAAUAUAAUAUGUCCUGUAGGUAGAUUUUUCAAAGCUACCUAAUUUAUUUGGAUGGCCAAUUCCCAAAUUAAUGGGAUUUGGGUAUCCAUAAUCUCACUGUGGCUUUGAAAAUCCCUCAAAAUUUCUCUACUCAAAACCUGAACACACAUUGUAUUUUGAAUCUCAGAAUUUUAGAUGAAAUUUUUUUGCAAAGAUGUUUUUUGAAAAUGUUUGGGAAAUUUGAUUGUUUUGAAAUCAGCAUAUACUGUGGUAGAAUCUUUUGAAAAUUCAUGUUUUUGAAGAAAAAUCCAUAAUAUGGUAGUGAGAACAGAUCUGUAAUAUGGUCAUAGUGAUGAACUCUCUCAAGAUUCUUUGCAAUGCUCAGGAAGUGAAACCCAGGAGCUGUACCAUAAAACAGUAUUGCUGCCUUGCUUUUGUUAUUUGUCCCCACUUUAUCUGAUCACUUUUUGUAUUCUGGAUCCUAAUCUAAACCCUUAAUACAGAUUCCCUUGUUAAUCUGGUUUUCACAGCAGUCUACCUGUAAUCUCCUCUGCAUUACCUACAGUGCACCUUUGUUACAAUUAAUAAAGUUCCUCGCAUGGAACACUUUUCCAACAAGAAAAGGUGUCUCUGGAAACAGAACUAUUGAACUGAUGAUGAUGGGCGAUCACUCGUUAUCGAGGCUGAUCAUCUUCCAUGGGAGUUAUGGGUCCUCAGGUGGCUAAUAAGGCCAAUCUUUGAACCACAAGUUCUAUUACAAU